AUGGCUUCAACCCAGUUACAGUCGAACUUUGAGACCAUAGAACAGGCUCUGAACGAUACUGUCCUUGAGAUGAAAUGCCUCAAAGGACACCUGCUUACUCCCUUCACGCUCGCUUAUUCCCAGUCCUUUCGUUGCGACAAGUGCUCUACCGUCAUUCGCUCAGCAGCCAUUGCGUUCAUCAUCAAGUCAAUCAAGGAGAGCAAUGAUUCCUUCGCAAUAAUGACUGAGAACGAGAUCGUGAACACUGAAACUUUCAAAAAAAUGCGGGAACGAGCGCAUGAGAUAUCCAAGAUGCACAGGUCCGAUGACGACAAGCACAAAACUUGGCGAUGCAACACAUGCGACUUCGACGUUUGCUACGACUGUGCGCUCAUGGCGGUGAAGGAGGCAGAAGCAGAAGAGCUGGCACACCAGCAUGAACUGGCGGAGAUCGGCGACCAAAAGGUCAUGAUCGAUUGCACUUCCGACCCCGAGGUGUCGCGGGUGAUGCCAGAGGAGGUGGAGCCAUACUUCUCGGACGUCAAGAUCCUUCCUGAUGGUGCGUUUGUGUUGCUGGAGAACGGAAAGGCGGGCAGGAUCCCACUGGCCAAGUGCCUGCAGCUCUUGAGCUUGUCUCAGACGGCGAGCAAGGAGAGGCUCGUGGGCUCAAGGCGCUACCCGGCGAAGCUUGGCAUGCGGGUGAAGCUGUCAGGUCAGUGCCAUGACAGCUUUCUCAACAUGGCGAGCGGAGGAGGAGUAGGAGAGAUUGUUGACAAGGACAAGGGAGGGCUGUUCUGUCACGUGAAGUGGGAGAGGACUGGAAUGACGACCUCUGCCAUGACUGGUUUCCAUGAGGAGGAGGGCUCCUGGGGGAUCCGCCUGAAUCGCAUCUCACCGCAGCUCGCUCAAGUCUCGCACAUUGACGACGGAGCGCUGGGAGGGGACGGCGAGAGGCUGUACAACUACCUGCACCACGGGGAUCACGUUGUCGCGAUCAACCACGUGCCGAUCUCGAGGGUCAGCAACGUCAACCAGUACGAGUUCGGGCCUGUGGCCUCCAAGGUGACGCUGACACUCGUGGAUGACUCGGAAAAGUGGGACGUGGAGGUGCUGCGAACGAAGGUGGAGGAGGAGCAUGACGCUUCAAACAUUCACCCUCGGGGGAUCUACCACCUUGAGUUCGUCGGUGAGGACCUUGCCUUCGAUGCGAUGGUGGAGACCUCGUACGCUCAGUUCAAGAAGGAGGGGAUCUGCUUGCACCAGUGCCCAGUCAUCGAGGAACCUGCUAAGUCCAUCGCCUUCCUCGGAGUGGGAAAGGCUCGCUACCUCGUCAUCGAGCUCUAUGACUCGGGGUUCAAGAAAGGGAUGGCCAAGGGAAGGCAGGCCGACGGCAGGAAGGAAGAGGCCGACAGCCAAGAGUUCGCUUACGAUCUGCAAGAUCUCCUCGAUUACCUGAACCUGGGCAAGCAGGCAGAUGUCGUUGAUCCAAGUGGACGCGACCAGGACGACGUGUUUGAGCAGAUGUCGGACUGGAUGCAGAAUCUCUUCAACACGUUUGGAGUCCCUUCGGAGAAGGGAGGAUACGCAGGGAGCGUGAAGGAGUCGGAGGCGUCGGGGGUGACGAAGAAGACGAAAGGGACGGAGAAGGAGCUCAACAAGUUGUUCAACGAGUGUAACGUGUCGUACAACACUCGCAAGAAGAUUGCCGAGAAGAGCGGGCCGCAGCAGCGCAAGAUCUUGGAGAGCAUCUACACGUCGAGAAGCUACAAGUACCACGCCCUCGCCCUCAACCAGAUUGACAUGAAGCCCAACGAGCGGCUGGAGUUUCGGAACCAUCCCCCCCUCCUCCGCGCGAUCUUCUGCAACGACUUGGAGGUGCUGAAGAGGCUGCUGGAUUCUGGAGCGGACGUAUACAAGAGGAGUCAGUUCCAGUUCCAGCUGAGCGGGUUUCAGCUGGCCGUGUACCUGGGCUGUCUGGACGCGAUCAAGCUGAUGAGCGAGAAGGCGCCCAUCGACGUUGACUUCUGCUUCAACCCGGAGGCCAGGAAGGCCUCUAAGGAACUGACGCGCGUGCUCGGGAGGAUGACGGAGGUCCAACAUGACAUGGACACACUGAGGACCAGAUAUGAGGCUCUGAGCGCAAAGAGGGAGGGCGGGGGGCGGCAGGCGCUGCUGGACGAGAUGGAAAGGAUCAGGGGCAAGCUCUCCCUGGCCAACCACAACCUGAAGCUGAUCGAGGAGAAGGCGAGGGAAAGCCUCGAGCUCAAGCUGGAAAUGGACGCGAGCGUCGUGGACCUGAACGCGCGGUGCCCUUUGAUCCUGGCCUGCGCCAGCAAGAACCUCUACAUGAUCGUUUUCCUCACCCUCCUCAACGCGCAGACGGAGGUCGGCAUCCCCAGCGUCCCAGGGAGAGCAGGGAGCCCGAUGAAGCUGACGGCAUGGUGCGACCUUCACUUCCCCAUAGGCUCCUACCUCCUGCGGCAGCAGUUUGACCUCCUCGAGUCUCGCGGGUUCACGCAAACGCUGCUGCAAGAGCCUCUCUUCACCGUCUUCUACCACUGGGUGUCUGCCCCCCCCUGGGAGAGCUCGUGGAACCAGGAGGAGGACUCCCUCCUCCUCAAGCUCGCAGCUGAGCUGGAGAAGGACUGGGCCCUGAUCGUGCGCGAGUUUCCCGGGAGGAACGCGAGGCAGCUGAAGAGGAGGCAUCGCCUGCUGAUGCAGGACACGAAACAGGAGGAGGACAUAUUCCAUCUGGGCAUGUCAUUCUCGCAGCUGCAGGAGGGGAUGCGGCACAUUGGCCUGUACCCGCACGUGCUGAAGGACUCGCGGCUGGAAAGAUUGUUCAUCCUCUCCAAGCAUCCCAACAAGAAGAAGCUGUUUGCUGGGGACAGCGAGGCUGCGCUUGACUACGUGAGCAUCGAGAGGAGGAGGCUUGAGGAGAUGAGCAUCGGAUACGAGCACUUCGACUGGAUCCUCAAGGUGGUCUGCAAGAAGUACCUGCGGGGCAUGAAGAGGAGCGACUUCGUUCACCGCUACUUCAUCAGCAUCCUCACGGCCCCGGCGCAGGAGGAGGGAGAGACGCAGAUUGAGCAGCUACUCAACCACCUCGCUUUCUCCUUCGGAGUCCACAUGCCCAUCCUCAAGAUCCGCUGGAACCUGCACAAGCCUCUCAUGCGCUACCAGCGAGCCGACGUCAUGCAGACGGCGGCGGCGAUGGAGGAGAUCGAGUCUGACUUGGACGAGGACGAGGACGAGGACGAGGAGGUGGAGGGGCUGGUGGUGCCGCAGGGCUCGUCGAGGGCGAGGAGCGUGGUGUCAGCGUCAGUCACGCUCGACCCUCGCAAGCCCAGCGACUUUGCCAGGAUGAUCGACAACCCCGUCAACUUCCAGGCGAGGUACAACAUGUCCAAGGCCGCCUCCCAGCUGCAGUCCAGCGAGAACAGGAGCGCGAGCUCCAAGACCUCGGCGACGAGGAAGGGGAAAGUGAUAAGGAAGAUGCAGGAGGAGGAGACGGUGAAGGCGAGGUACCAACGAGCCAUUGCUAAGACUUGUGGGCACAACCGGCAGGUGCAGGACCUUUCCUCGCAGAUGGUCGAGAAUACGCUGUCCUCCGUCCUGAUGCGCAGCACGCUGACGAUGGAGGAGGAGGCGGAGACGUCGGGGGCAGACCUGCUGCGGGAUAAGAGCAGGAUGGAUCAGAGCAUGGAGGAGAUGAAGUACUGGACUAGAGUGAAGAAGCUCGAGCAGCAUGAGAUGAGAGCUGUCGAUGACCCUCAACCAGGCCGCAAGAGCCUCAAGAUGAAGACCGACGGCUUCAUCGACAGCACAGCUCACUUCCCGACCCUCAACAUCUUCAGCGACUACUCAGUGCUGACAGGAACGCAGAAGAAGAAGGGACAGUGA